UCUGAACAAUUUCAAAGCACGUUUUCAAGAAAAUUCACUUGGUUUCAUGCACUGCUUUAGCUCCGUCACCUAUUCUUGGUUCUCUCUCUCUCUCUUUCGCAUCAUGACUUUGCUUGUUUCUGCUGUAUAAGUACGUCAGUUGAAUUCUCACUAGUUAGAAAGCAAUCAUCCGAUAGAGAAAUCUUGCUACCACCAUGAGACGUCCCUCCUACUUGUGUUUCGUCGCUCUCUGGGCUCUGAUGGCCUCCCGACAUGCCGAGCCCGCAAAGUCUUUGUGGCGUCUUCACACCGAUUCGAGGUGGAUCGUCGAUAAACAUGGGCAUAGGGUGAAGCUGGCGUGCGUCAACUGGGCGGCGCACCUCGAGCCCAUGGUCGCGGAAGGGCUCGACAAGAAACCCAUCGACUGGAUUUCGAAGCAGAUCGCCUCGAUGGGAUUCAACUGCGUUAGGCUCACGUGGCCGCUCUUCAUGGUCACCAACGACUCGCUGGGUUCGAUGUCAGUGGCGCAGUCGUUCCGGAAUCUUGGGUUGGUUGAUUAUAUUGGAGGCAUUCGGCAGAACAAUCCGUCUCUUCUGGAUGUUUCUCUUCUUUCUGCUUUCAGGGCGGUUGUUUCGAGCCUGGGAGACAAUAAUGUGAUGGUUAUACUAGACAAUCACAUUAGCAAGCCCGGUUGGUGUUGUGGCAACCUUGACGGUAACGGAUUCUUCGGUGACCACUACUUCGACCCGAACCUUUGGAUUAAGGGCCUCGCUCGGAUGGCCACAAUGUUCCACCGCGUCGGUAACGUGGUCGGUAUGAGCUUGAGGAAUGAGCUCCGUGGUCCUAAAGAAAAUUUGCAAGACUGGUUCAGGUACAUGGAGAGAGGAGCUGAGGUGGUGCAUUCGGCAAACCCGCACGUGCUUGUCAUAGUCUCCGGCCUCUAUUAUGACACUAACCUGUGGUUCCUUGGCCACAUACCAAUGAAGGUGAGCUUCACCAGAAAGCUAGUCUUCGAGCUGCAUUGGUAUGCAUCCUCAAGCGGGACAAUAUGGAAGGACGGCAAUGCCAACGAGCUGUGCAAGGAUGCGACGAACAAGGUGAUGAGCAAGGCGGGGUUCAUACUAAACCAGGGAAUGCCGCUCUUCGUGAGCGAAUUUGGAGGAGAACUGAGCGGUCAAAAUGUGAACGACGAUCGGUACUUCAAUUGCUUCUUCGGAGUCGCGGCCAAGCUCGAUUUCGAUUGGGCCUUGUGGACGAUCGUGGGCAGCUAUUACUUGAGAAAAGGGAUCGUAGGGAUGGACGAGACGUUUGGGGUGCUGAACAAGGACUUCUCUGGGCCUAGAAAUGCUAGCUUCUUGCAAAGGAUCUCUGCCCUUCAAGCCCCUUUUCAAGGUGCAUAUUCAUCAAAGCCUACACACAGAAUUCUUUUUCAUCCGCUCACGGGUCUCUGCAUCCAAAGGAAACAAGAACAGGGACAACUGCAACUGGGCGCGUGCGAUGAGUCCGAACCUUGGACCCACACGCGUGGCCACACGGUCCGGAUGAGAGGAACGGAUAUGUGUAUGCAAGCGGAUCAGCUGGAGAAGCCUGUGAAACUCGGCACGAACUGCGCUGACCACGGGUCUAAAUGGAAGACCGUUUCGGAGUCCAAAAUGCAUUUUUCCUCCAACAUUGCCGGUAGUAAUGUCACCGUUUGCUUGGACAUAGACUUCAGCACUAAGACCAUCAUCACAAGUCCUUGCAAAUGCUUGAGAGAAGAUGCUACCUGUGACCCGGCAAGCCAGUGGUUCAAGUUGGUAAACACAACGCGUUCAACGCCGACAAGGCGGUGACCCUUUCCUCUUUCUUUUUCUAGGAGCUCUUAGUUUGCCAGGAUUCAUUGUUUUCUACUUAAUAUAGCAGAAAAGGAAGCUUUGAACCUCACAGAAUUCUGGCAGUUUUAGGUGCAAAUGAAUGAGCGAUCUGACGAGUAGAGUGCCAAAUCUUUCAGGACUUUAUUCUGCACAUUGACAGUGUGAAGAACUAAUUCCGAUCACAAGCCGAGUUUAUCCA